AUAGGCACCCCCGAAAUACAAAUUUUGUCCCGAUGACACUGUGUCGAAGAUAGAACAACACACCUGAACCUGAAAUUAGUCAAACCAAAACUUGAUGUAUAGUUUAGAAAUUACCUCCUGCAUCUAUUAAAAUUUUUUUGAACUGAUUGAAAUCUUUUGAGGGGAAAAUUUUUGGAAGGUCAUGAGGGAGAGGUGUUUCCGGCGAAUAAUCCUUGACAUUUGUGAAGAAAGCAUGACAGGGAUCCCUGCUGACAAUCUUUCCGGUUUGCACACGUGGGCACGACAAAGUGUUUUGUAUAUCUGCUGCCAAAAUUGAACAAUUUCUUCUCGUGUCCCCAGGGUAACUCGUUUUUGCAUAAAAAUCCUUGGACUAUUCAAUGUUGAGAGUGGGUUGUCCUCUGAGCGGUACUGACAAAGUUUAGCAAAAUGGGAGACGUCGUUCCUGGCCAUAUGGAGUUUGAAAUGGCAUCAUCCUUCGAGUACGAUAUCUUUAAUUUUCCAGAAGCAAAGAGAACGUACGAGCAAGCUGUGUUAAAGGGCCACAAACUGGCUCAGUUCAACCUGGGUCUUUGGUACUUGUACGGAAACAGACCUGGUACUAAAAAGAACCUCAUAAAGGCAAAGGAGUUGUUUCAGGUUUCUGCUGAUCAAGGCCUUGGCAUUUCUAUGUAUAACCUUGGAGCUUUGUACGAAAAGGGCGAAGGAGGUUUGCCCAAAGAUGAAAAUGCUGCUUUUAAAUUAUAUAAAAGAGCUGCAAAGGAGGAAAAGGACUGGCCAGAAGAUGGUAAACAGCGUGUAUAUAUGAAGCUGUCCCAGAUGUAUCAAAGUGGAACUGGAACAGCAAGGGACAUUCAAAAGGCAGCAUACUGGAUGGAAAAGGCAAAUGAAGAGAAAGCAUUGCCAGCUCAAGUUAUGACACUGAUGAAAAUGUUACAGCAAUUGGAUCCAGGAAAAAUGCAAACUGAAAACGAUGAACGAUGGAGGAUGUUAUGUAAAUAUCUUGAGGAAUUACCUAAAAAAGAAAAACCUACCACUUUCAAAUCAUGGGAGGAAGUAUUUUUAAAAUUUGGAUAUGUUCCAUCUAAUCCAGUAUGCAAAAAGCCUAAACAGAAAGCCAGAAGAUGCAAUUUUUCUGAGUUUAUGGAACUUUGUGGAGGAAGUUUUGAAAAUCUUGAAACCUUUGAAAUGCAAAAGACACCAGUGCCUCCUCCUGUAUGUGCAUACUGUGAAGUGGAAGAGCAAGCUAACAAGAAGUUGAAAAACUGUGCGCGUUGCCGUGAAAAAUAUUGCAGUAAAGAUUGUCAAGUUAAAGACUGGAAGAAUCACAAGAAAAUAUGUGACAUGGUUUAUGACCAAAUUGGGCCUUAAUACUGAUCAUAUUACAAUAAAUUCAGGUGAAAAUCGUAAUGAUAGUUGGGUUAUUUCAAUAUUUUGCAUCCAGAAUUGUUAAAGUUAGAGGAGUAAAUAAAUUUAUCUGUUAAUGAAAUAAGAAAUAAAUUUUGUUACAUCUAUAGAAGUUAUAUAUAUAUCUGUGUUGACAAAAAACCAAGUUACUAUUUGUAGUACAAAGUAUAUUAUGCAAAUUAUGUGACAUUAUUUAUUCUCACAAUAUGUAGAAUAUUCACCAGUUUAAUCUAAAAAUUUGUUGAGUUGUAGAGUAUUCAUCAGAGCCCCAAUGAGGUUUUUGAGGCCCUAAGGCAAAACAGAAAGACAAGGCCUCUACAACAGAAAAGCAGAUAAUUUUUGCGACCACACCCUCAAUUUAGUUUAAUUAGCCCAGAAAAAUUUGGGGAGUCACUCCUAGCAAGGAUUUAAAAAGUUUGUUUUUUUUAAGACAAACUUUAGCACAGACUGAUUAACUCAAUCCUCAAAAUGGAGCUCAUCAUUGUAUAAGGCCCCCUACAUCAUGAGGCCCUGGGGCAAUUCCCCCUGCCCCCCUCUCAGUGGUCAUGGUAUUCAUAUUAGAUUCAUACCAUGAUUAUUCUUUUGUUAUUGUUGUUUUGUAUUUUCUGUUGGAUGGAAUUUGUAUUUAGCUGGAAUUUUAAAAAUGAAACUUUAACUUUCUUUGAAA